CUUCGGUCAGCUGCACCGCUGUACUUGACUCACCGUACGGACUCGCGCGUUCACAUCGCAUUCUGCUCCGGUACUUCGACGGGUACAGGCGCGGAAGUCGCAAGCAGAUACCUGCUACCUAUACUAUUUCUCAUUCGCGCUGAAAGAAAGAUCGCCGAUAUACCAGGCAGCUAUUCCAUCGGAGGUGCGCGGUUUGACAGUUGUCCUUCACGAUGCUGGAGCAGCAGCAAACUGUGAGAGUGGCAGAGGAGCCUCGGGGCCUGCUGCUGUCAUCACUCAAGAGCUUUGUGUUUAUUCUGGGCACAGCAUUCGUGGUUCUAGUCGCUGGGAGCAACACACUCACCUGGCACCUGCAACGCUUCUGGGGAGCGUCGGGCAACUUUUGGCAAGGCCAGUGGGAUGCUGUCGAGGCUUUCUUUGAUGGUGAUGAGUUCUCCAAAAGUAUAUGGGGCACAUUUGCAGUCACCUUUGCGGUCUACUGGGUUUUUGGUGGUCUUUAUACGCUGAUGGACCUCACUGGACGUCCUGCGUUUCUGCUGCGAUACAAAAUCCAGGACACAGCUCCAUACCCAGUCAAGUUCAGCCACGUAUGGCGAGUGGUACGGCAGGUGCUCUUCAACCAGCUGGUGGUGGGGCUGCCCUUUGGCCUGAUAGCCCACCAGCUGCUUGUGUGGCGUGGCUAUGAUCGCAGCCCACAGCUACCCACCUUCCACUGGGUCCUCUUCGAACUGGCAGUCUGUGUGCUGGUGGAAGAGGCAGGCUUCUACUACGCACACAGGCUAUUGCACCAUCCUCGCCUGUACCGGCACAUACACAAGCAGCACCACGAGUGGACAGCCCCAAUUGCCAUCACGGCCGUCUACUGCCACCCAGUGGAGCACAUCUGCUCAAAUCUACUGCCGCCUUUGCUAGGUGUGCUGCUGCUCGGCUCUCAUACUGCUACAGCUUGGCUCUGGUUCAGCGUGGCCUUGCUGUCCAGCCUGAAUGCCCACUCGGGCUUCCACCUGCCAUUCUUCCCGUCGCCAGAGGCACAUGACUACCACCACCUCAAGUUCAACAACAAUUUUGGAGUGCUGGGUGUGCUUGACAGACUGCACGGUACAGACCGCCAGUUCCGACAGACAGAUGCCUAUCGCCGCCAUGUUAUGUUGCUCAGUCUGGUACCUCUGAAAGACCUGUGGCCUGCUGAAGGAAAGAAAAGCUCACAGUAGCAUCCUUCGAGUUUGCCCUGUCAAGGCUUCCUUCCAUGCUAGGGAACCUAAUGACCGAGGGCUGCCUUUUGCCUGAUUUGACCCGUCUGAUCCAGAGACCCGUAUUGUUGCUUCAUCAUGAGCCUUGUGCAUCGGCCUGAUGCUCUGUUUGAGCCUCUUUUGUGGCUCAAAGCCUGUGAUAAUCUAGACUGCAGCUCCACCUUACACACCCAGGUCUAGUUAUGCCUUUGGAAACACUAAGCAGCUCGUUGGAUCCCAUUGCGAAAUCCUCUAGAUAUCACCAUAACGCAACUGCCAAAGGCUUUUUUUUUUUUUGCUAAGCAAAACAUUUCAGUCCCUGUUAAUGGCCAUGGCGGCUGCGUUUAAUCAGAGUAUAAUGUCAAGAUGCGUAUAAGCUAAAGCUUUCAUAAGGUGAGAGGUAGAUGGAAAUUUAUCAUCAAAGAAAGGAAGGAAUGCCAAUAAUGCUACAAGUGUUAAGCAUAUUGGGCUGACUCCUGAACGUUUACUCAGCAGUGUACCGAAAGGACAAAAGCGAAAAUUCACUAACUCCCUGUCCCAGGUUACUUAUCUAGAUAAGGUCUCGUGCUACAAUUGAGCCUUUUUAUUUUGUUGCUGCUAUAUUUCUUCAUUGCUGAGAGUUGUGCUCCUAUUGUUUGUGUACUUAUGCUUGGUUCUUAUGCAAGGUUGGCUUUUUACUAAAUUUAGCUGUGUAGCAGCCCAGCUAGCCGCUUGUAAAAGUUCAAAAUUCGAGGAAGAACAAGCGUUAUAAAUUGGCUGUUGUCUUCAGGUCGUGGUAUUGAACAUAAUGCGAGUAUGAUUUCUGAAGUUGUUGAAUGGGAAAGAAAAGUAAACUUCACAAUGCCUUUGUGUCAAUUCGGUAUGACGCAGCAUAGCGUGCAUUGUGGGAGAUGUCAACAAAAAAGCCCAGCAUACCUCAGCUCACUCAACAAACUAUCAGCAGAAUAACAAGAGUAAAUAAUCAGAUGAAUACAUGUAAAAUAAAGAUGCAAAAGCCUCACAUGAAGCAUCUAGAUUCCAGGGCAUUAGUUAUGCUUGUCUUAUUUUUUGGUUGAGGUUACAAGAUUGUUGAAGUUUUCAGAGGCAUGUUAACAACUGAUUUGACCUGUCUAAGCCAUAACACUUAUUAUAAGUAUGUGUCCAAUCAUGGAUUGCUCAAAGCUAAACAACAUGAGUGCAAACUCAAGCAAUGGGUUGAGACAGGCAGUGAACUAAAUGUCGGUGUCUGUUCCUUGUGAUUAGUUUUUUUUUUUUUGCACACUUUAAGCUUAUGCAUUCUCUUGGCAGCCUAAGUGGCCUAAGCUUGAACUUAAUUUCAUCACAAAUAUUCAAUGUAGUUACGAUGGUAUGAAAAAACAACAAGGGCAGUGUUGGUUUAAUUUUUCAUAAAUGUUGCAUUAUACAUUUACCGAGCAAGUUGACGACAUGCUUUGGAGUGCACAUACCAUCCAUUUGCACUUGACCUGCUAUGCAUUAUGUAAGAUGACAUGUUGAUGCAGUGCAAACACGUGUGUAUCUUUACUGCUUCACUUUCUUGCACCAUAUAAAUGCUUCUUUAGACAUCUGUCAUUAAGUGACACAUCCGAGGCAAUCAGUGGACACCUGGGUGUCGCGAGGGGUGGCUCUCCUAUUGCAAGUUUGACAUUUCAAGCUAGAGUUGUUUUGCAAGGCCAUAUAGCGGAUGUAUGUUGCGUCGGUGUUAAGAGGCCAUAUUUUAUUUACGACUACCUGUGAUGCACUCGUAUGAGUGGUGUGAUUUGUGUAUACACGAGGGGCCCAUGACGUCUUUGACACUUUGCAAGUGGAAGUGGAAGAUUUCUUGUUGAUGUAACCUACUUAAUGCACCUUUACAAGCUGUAAUGCAGUAUAAACAAGUUGCAAGUCUUCUGUAGGGAGCUCAAGAGAACUUGAGAAUGUGUACCUAGUAGAACCUUGAUUAGGCAAGUUAUUAGUUAUAAUAAGUUAAAUCUAGGAUGUUUCUUUCCUGUAUCUGCCCUUAACAAGUAUGCGAUUAUAAAGAGUAUCUUACGUAGCAGUCCCGUUUCGUCGCACACAUAGUUUCCUUGACAUGAAGUUCAACACAACAUACGUAAAUGCAGGUAAACAGUAGAGAUUCAAGAUAGGUGCUUGUUUAGUUGAACUGUAGUCAAAUGACUCUCCUUUGAUCAUACCAAGAUUGAUUGAACUAGAAGUGCAAGUGCAAACUUUUGCAUAUAUAGCUACUUGAAAUUUUUUUUAUAUUUCAGGGACAUAAUAACGAAGCACAGGACAUCAUGAUUAAUCUGGAAGUAAAGCUUGCGGCCUGCAACAUUUUUUUUUUUGAGUAUCAUAUUUCAGCAGUUAUUUCACUGAAUUUUAGAUUGAUAGGUAGUAGAGUGAUAAGUUACCAUCCAGAAAUCUCACACUUUCAUUAUUGCUGUAAGCUUUCACCGACAGUGGUAAGGUUGGGCCCUUUGUAUAUUUUGGGCAUUUCGUACUUCACGCGAGGGCAUGUGCGUGGGUGCUUGUUUGAUGCUUUGUGUGCUAUGUAUUCCUUUUUGUACUGGGUCAAGUGUAAAGGCCACUUUAGUGCUAAGAAUGUGAUCACAAUACCUUACAAGUUCCUAUGUUCAUCUAACUGAUAUCCUGGAAAACCUUACUGGCAGAACAACUGGAACACUUGGCUUGGUACAUGCGUCAUGUUUGAAGUCCUGAGACAGUUUCACAGAAGCAAGUGCAUAUCGCAAGGCAUGUUCAUUGUGUAUUUUGGCAUUAUUGCAGGCUUUCUGUUGCAACACCAGUGUUAGACCGUCACUCUUGCAGCUGCGGCAUAUUGCCGCAGCUGCAAAGUGCACACCUUUCGAAUAUCUGAAUUUUCUUAAAAUGAUGUAUUAGCUCUGUAAGCACUUGCAGGUGGUUGCAACACAUCUAAAUGUAUGCACCCAUCACACACACACACAUACUCUACAUUACUACUGGGCAAAAUAAUGCACUGGUUUAUUUUUUUUUUAAUGCCGCAAGCAUCUGCAGGUGCUGCCACUGUUCAUAUGCUUUCAAACAAGUCCAGUUUGGGUCCUGGCAAGGACCAAGGCACUCUCACUGGGAACAUCUACACCGGUGUCUUGAUAGAAUUUUCCACAUACCCUUAAAUGUUGGUUGACUUUGUAAUCGCUUUUUUGACUCCGGAGUGUAUGACAGUGCCACUUCUUGAUUAUACGCUGGGAGUAUGCACGGUUAUCAAAUAUACUCCAAUUUUGCCAAGGAGUGCUGCCGAAUUAGGAUGGCCGGUCGCUUCGUACGUCUAAGUGAAGUAGUGCAUAGGGGUUUUUAUAAUAUGAGCUUUUCUUAUUAUCUUUCUUUUCAUUCUGCCUAUAUUCCAUUUGAAUAUUUUGAAUGCACUGUGUAAUACUUUAAUUUAUGGAGCUUAUUAAGCGCUCUGCUAUGUAGCCAACUUUUAUCAAGCUCAAUGUCCGACCGUCAAGGUGACGGCCUGUUGUCAGCACGUCCUGUGACACGUCUUACCUAUUCACUGGGACACUACAUUUUUUAUACCAAGGGUGGAAGUAAUAUGCCCUGUUCGCGUAAUGCAUGAAUUUUUCCUUACUGCUUCAAAAAGCACUCUGUAUUUUCUUUUUUUUAUUAUGUCCUUUCUCUUGUGCAUCUAUUCACAAUGACUGCUUUAUGUGCCUGCCACCGAUCAUGCAUUGUUGCUGCGAGAUAUCACAAAGUGUAUAACUCCUGCAAUCACAGCAUAGGUGUGCACAGGGUUGUUCUAUAUGGGGGGAAGCUUCACCACCAUGACUCCACUCCCUCCCUAUUGGUGAAGUCUGAGAGAAAACGAGCUCCGUAGUGUAGGCAAAGAUAAAAAUGAAAAGACAAAGGGCUUCUCAAAAAGGCCUGCGUUGGUCCCCAGCUUUCCAGAGUGAAAGUGUGACAUAAACGGAUCUUUGAAUGCAACGUUAGGGGUCCUUGGUUACCAUUGUUGUUGAAAACAUGCCUAGCAAUAACCCCGCGAAAUAAAGAAUGGCAGAAAAAGUUACACUGAGUAAAGGAAGGUAUGAGGCACAAUUGGUGCCCCCUUCAGAUGAUUUGAGGGGCAGCGAGCCCCCCUUGUGCGCAGGCACAGGAAUCACAGCAUCUGAAAUAGAUUUUGUUGGAAUAGUCACAAUCAAUCAGAAUUGAACCAUCGAUCAGUCAUACUUCUUGGAUGUUACCUUGAAAAACAAAAAGAUAGAUGGGCUUAAUGCAUAUGACCAGAGCCACACAUGAUAAAUAGAGUAUGCUGCUAUUCAGGCCUUUGUGUGAUUUUGUUUUUAGCAGACUUUUCUAACUGUCAGCUGUUCAAUUUUAUGUGGAAAAUGUAGUUAUUGCACGUACGGCAGGUACACUGUCUCAUGCGAGCAUCUACAAUGUUGAAGUAUUGCUCUGGAUAUUGCGUAUCAGAACAUGAUAAGAAGUGAGAUAUUCAUUCUCAUAUCACCACAGGUGAUCAGGAAGAAAGUUAUCAAAGAUUUGGUGCAAAAAGACUGUUGCAUCAUAUCCAGUGAACAUUAGCAAUUAGUCAAAGCAAAGAUUGAUCAGUGAUAAUGGUAAUGAGAAAAAAUUCGAAAUAGCUAGUUGCUCGAACUUGUGUAGAAUGCAUGUAUCUAAAAAGCUGUAGACUGGUAAAAGAGGGCACGUGAACAUUGAAUGUGUGUAAACGUUUCUCUCUGAUGAGUGCAUAAUUACCAGUCUUCACAGCACGAUGCUGUUGAUAUCCACAGCCUUCUACGCAGUGUUGUGGUGCACUGAUGAAAUUCAGCCGGCACUUGCAUGAAAUGCACCUGCCAAAUAAAAGGCACACAUAAGUGUGUUUCUUUUAGCUGAUGACUGCUGUGUGUGAUAACGAGUAGCGUGCUGCCACAAGUAGUCAGACAGACAUAGGCUCACAAAUUUAUUUGGCAUGGCCGUCUGAUAGAUUAAGAAAUGUCACUCAUUAGCACAAUUUUAAUGUUCCUUGUUCGUUUGGCGUUCUGUGAGGAGAUGUGAUACCAGUCGUACAGAAUCGCAUCCCCAUUUUAUCACUGCAACCACAAGGGCAUGUACGGUGAGCAUUGUUCAGCACGCAAGUGCCUAGAAAAGCCUCUGGCCAUCUUAAGUGCAGUCAUAGUAUUAUUUAGGGAAAAUGUAUUGUCAAGCAAACCUGAUACCCGGUGAAACAUGCUGCUUGUUACAUUGAUGACUCUUUGGCAGGUAGGUAUAUUUUGCUUUGAGCAGCCAUUAUUUUUUAUUGACCAUGGCCACUGCUAGGUUAAGCACACGAUCUCCCUGCCUCAAGCAAAAAAGAAAGAAAAAAAACUUUCUGGUCACGUUGCUAAUAAAAAGAUCUUAGUACUUGCAGUUUUUUUUUUUUUUUCAUGUCUGCAGGUCAGACAGCUCGAACUCUAAAGGCAGUAACUUUUAAUUUUGCUCAGCAGAUGAGGUUCUAAUGUCGAGUCUAAUGUACCGUUGGCACUGGCAUAACCGCUGGAUGAAAAAGCAUGGACUUUUUCAUCUAGCGGCCGUGGCACAGGUGGCAAUAGGAGGCUCUGAAUAAAUGCUGGUGUCAAUGCAAGCGGGUGACUUCAGCUGACAACUUUCUAGUUGCAAUGUGACCAGCAGUAAAAUUUAAAGGUCUCCUUUCCUGUGUGUGCUUCCCUUGUCAUCUGCAGACUGAAAUAGGGCUGGAAAUUAGUUUUUGUGUCAGUUGUGCUGACCUUGUAUCUUUUUUUGUUAUAUUAUAUUUACAUGAUAUCCCUAUGUUAUGAAUGCACGUUUUAAAAUAAACAACUACUGCGUAA